GACCGGGGGAGACGGGAGAGGAGUGAGGAUUUUUCUGUAGGAAGCGGGGUCCUGGACUCCUCUCACCUGCGGGGUGCAGAGGUAUCUGCAACUAGGAUAGUAUCCCAGACCAAGCAGAAGCGGGCUAACGAAAGAGGUAGGGUGCCGGGUUGGCCUUGCCAGGCCAGCUGGAGACCCGCGCCGCGAAAGCCCCCUACCGCUCCGGCAGCCGCCCACCCUCCCUGACCAGGUCCGCGGAGUACACUCCUGGGUCUUUAAGAGGCGGGGCCUGCUCUCAACGCGCCUGAUUGCGUCAUUAUCGUGCGCCUCGGGCCCUGGUCUCCACGUGGGUUCAGUAGAGAAACCCGGGACUGGGGGAUCAUGGCGGGAGCUGAGACUGGGGACGCGGCAGGAGCCGAGGCCCCGCAGCCCCAGAAGCGCUACUAUCGGCAACGUGCUCACUCCAACCCCAUGGCUGACCACACGCUGCGCUACCCUGUGAAGCCUGAAGAGAUGGACUGGUCUGAGCUAUACCCAGAGUUCUUCGCUCCACUGACUCAAAAUAAGAGCCACGAUGACCCAAAGGAUAAGAAAGAAAAGAGAGCUCAGGCCCAAGUGGAGUUUGCAGACAUAGGCUGUGGCUAUGGUGGCCUGUUAGUGGAACUGUCACCGUUGUUCCCAGACACACUGAUUCUGGGUCUGGAGAUCCGGGUGAAAGUCUCAGACUAUGUACAAGACCGGAUUCGGGCCCUUCGAGCAGCUCCUGGAGGUGGCUUCCAGAACAUCGCCUGUCUCCGUAGCAAUGCCAUGAAACACCUUCCUAACUUCUUCCGCAAGGGCCAGCUGACAAAGAUGUUCUUCCUCUUCCCUGACCCACAUUUCAAGCGGACGAAGCACAAGUGGCGAAUCAUCAGUCCCACGCUGCUGGCAGAAUAUGCCUACGUGCUUAGAGUCGGGGGGCUGGUAUACACCAUAACUGAUGUGCUGGAGCUACAUGACUGGAUGUGCACCCAUUUUGAAAGGCACCCCCUGUUUGAGCGUGUGCCCCUGGAGGAACUGAGUGAAGACCCCAUUGUGGGACAUCUGGGCACCUCAACCGAGGAAGGCAAGAAAGUCUUACGCAACGGAGGCAAGAAUUUCCCAGCCAUCUUCCGAAGAAUACAGGAUCCCACCCUCCAGGCAGUGACCCCCAAUCCCAUCCCCCUGGGCCACUGACGGCCUUCCUUGCCUUAGCUUGACCCCAGGACCUUCCUAGCCGAGACUGCUGGGGCCAAGAGGCGACAGUCUUUCAAAGAAGUUGGGGAACUGCCCAGGCCAGAAGGCUGGGAUUCACAACUGACCUCUCAUCUUGCCUGUCUACCACCAACAGAAAGCAAAAGAAGCUAACUGGGAAGGUCAAAAGAUCUUGGACCAGAAGGGAUGUUUGGAAGGGUGUGGGGUCUUGCUCUUCCUUAGCACUUCCUUCUCCUUCUGGGAUCUCCUCAGCUGGAGUGAGGAAUGCAAUUCUCCACUCUCCAUCUAAACUGCUUGCUAGACUCAAAUUGCCUGUCCACUUGUGUUUACUUGGCAGUCCUGGGGAUAACGU